AUGACCCAAGCUUCAGCAGCUCGAUACUCUGAUUUCCGAUCACAACGCACCUUGAACCCCGAUGGUUACCAAGCCAACAUCUCUGCCUGGCGCCAGGCCCUCUCCGAUCUCGUCGCAAAAGGCAUGAUAUCCUACCGUGGAUCUAGUCCUGAUCAUUUUGUCCUCAAACUAGAUGAUUCACUGCUUCGCUCACUGGAGCACAAAGAGUUUGGCCAACCUUUGGCACUCGGCACCGUAGUGCGCGAAGCCACCGCGGGUCGAGACUUCAUACCUCUCAACGAUUUCGAGAAGUCCCAACAGAGUAUAUAUCAGCGCAGUUGGGCAGGUUUGCCAUGGAGUGUCAUGAGCUGGACAUUGCGGCAGCUGGGUGUCGUGGACCACGCGAGAGGUGACGACAAGUUACCUACUGGCCAAUAUGUUAUUGUCAAGAACAUGGAAACUGCUGCUAAAGAGUUGGGCGAUUUGAUGGCGGAUAAGGUGUCACGAUUCGACCGCGUAUUCAGCAGGGCACAAUUUCAAAAGGCCUUCUCUGCUACUCUUGUCAAAGACCAGCGGUUGACAGACAACGACUUAGAGGUGCUUUUGAAGUUUUUGUCGCGUGAUAAAGAGGUGAUUGAUUACGACGGGAACACGAUUAGGAUCAAAGGUUCCGGGGAGCAACAGGGCAUCACAAAGGAAGAUGCCGCCAUAGCAUCUCUUAAAGAGCUUACAGAAAGCCUCAAGCACCAAACCGACCUCCUUAAUACGCGAAUUGACGAGCUCUCGCAAACAGCCAAAGAUGCGGUCACCCGCAAGAACCGCGUUGCGGCCCUUGCAGCUCUCAAAUCCAAGAAGAUUGCAGAGUCGUCCUUGGCCACUCGAUACUCGACUCUCAAUCAGCUAGAGGAAGUUGCCGCCAAGCUGGAGCAGGCUGCCGAUAAUGUGCAGCUCGUCUACGUUAUGGAGGCCUCUUCUGGUGCGCUGGCAAGUCUCAACAAACAAGUUGGUGGUGCCGAUCGCGUCGAUGCAGUUAUGGAUCAGCUGCGCGAGCAGAUGAGUUCUACGGACGAGGUGAGUGCCAUUAUGGCCGAGUCAACCGGCCAAGUGGUCGACGAGGACAUGCUCGACGACGAGCUCGAGGCCAUGGAGGCACAGGAGCGCGAGGAAGAAGAGAAGAAGCAGAAGAUCAGAGAGGUUGAAGAGGAGAAAGAACGCGAGGAACGAGAGGCGGCCGAGGCACAAAGGAAACUCGACGAGUUGCCAUCUGUACCUGGUGAGACCGAAGAAAUCCGACAAAAGGAGCAGACGCCAACGGCCGAGACCGGGAUUGCGAACCUGGCGUUAUAG